AUGCCGGCGAAAUCGCGAUUCACGAGGCUCGAUGCUUUCGCAAAAACAGUCGAGGAUGCGCGCGUCCGAACGACGUCUGGCGGCGUCAUCACCAUAGCCUCGUUGCUGGUCAUCAUGUGGCUUGUGUGGGGUGAAUGGCUGGACUACAGGCGUGUGGUCGUUCUGCCAGAGCUGGUCGUCGAUAAAUCGAGAAGCGAGAAGAUGGAGAUCCACCUCAACAUGACCUUCCCCCGGCUUCCCUGUGAACUCCUGACUCUCGAUGUCAUGGACGUCUCUGGAGAGCAACAGACGGGUGUCGUCCACGGUAUCAACAAGGUGCGCCUCACCUCGGCCGCCGAAGGGGGCCGUGUCAUCGACAUCAAAGCUCUGGAGCUCCACUCCGAGGACGAGAGCGCCAAGCACCUCGACCCCGACUACUGCGGUGAAUGCUACGGAGCGUCCUCCCCCCCGGGAGCCAGCAAACAGGGAUGUUGCAACACGUGCGACGAGGUGCGCGAAGCGUACGCGCAGCAACAAUGGGCGUUCGGCAAGGGCGAGAACGUGGAGCAGUGCGAUCGCGAAGGGUACGCCCAGCGGAUCGACGCCCAGCGGCGCGAGGGCUGUCGUCUCGAGGGCGUCCUCCGGGUAAACAAGGUAGUGGGCAACUUCCACAUCGCGCCGGGCCGUAGUUUCACCAGCGGAAACAUCCACGUGCACGACCUGGCCAACUUCUUCGAGUCGGACCUCGCAGACGCUGAGAAGCACACCAUGACGCACCAGAUCCAUCAGCUGCGCUUCGGUCCCCAGCUCCCCGACGAGCUGUCCGAUCGCUGGCAAUGGACCGACCACCACCACACCAACCCCCUCGACGACACCAACCAGGAGACCAACGAGCCCGGCUACAACUUCAUGUACUUCGUCAAGGUCGUCUCCACCUCCUACCUGCCCCUGGGCUGGGACCCGCUCUUCUCCUCCGCUAUCCACAGCGCCUACGACAAGGCUCCCCUCGGCGCCCAUGGCAUCGCCUACGGCGCUGACGGCAGCAUCGAGACCCACCAGUACUCCGUCACUUCGCACAAGCGCUCCCUCAUGGGCGGAGAUGCCUCCGACGAGGGCCACAAGGAGCGUCUCCACGCUGCUAACGGUAUCCCCGGUGUCUUCUUCAACUACGAUAUCUCCCCCAUGAAGGUCAUCAACCGGGAGGCCCGUCCCAAGACCUUCACCGGCUUCCUGACCGGUGUCUGCGCCAUCAUCGGUGGUACGCUCACCGUCGCUGCCGCCCUGGACCGCGGUCUCUACGAGGGUGUCAGCCGGAUGAAGAAGCUGCACUCGAAUUAA